UUGGUGUAGGUGGGAGUUUAACUUAGUGUGGCCUGUUUGUAGUUUAUUUAUUUCAUUUUUAUUUUUUUUAUGAUGUCAGUCAGGUUUUAUAGAUAGAGGUAAAACAUUCAUUAUAUUAUUUAGGGUCACUGUCCCACGUGAAUGUAUAUACGUAAGGUCCCCGACAUAAGGAGGUGUUAAUUGACAUUUGUAGAUAGUGCUGGAGAUUAAGGGUCUGCCCGGAGGGGGCUUAUGAUAGGAGGGGAUACGCCGAAUAGUUGCUGAAUAUACUAAACAGACAAAGGGCAUAGAAUGUCGGUGCACUUGGAAACAAGUUGAACCAAUUAGGUAUUUAGAUCAAUGAAAUUUUAAAUAAGGUAUUUAGAUCAAUUAAAUUUUAACUAAAAGUAUUGAAAUGUUUUGCACUAUUUUAAAUGAAAGUAUUGAAAUGAUUUGCACUAUAAUUAUAUUAAUAUAUGUAGAUGACAUCAUAAUUCUUGUAACGUUUCCAGAACAAUUGAAACCCCAAGACAGUAUUCCAAAAGAUCAAAGAAGCAGGACUCACUCUAAAACCAAGCAAAUGUAAAUUCGCGACAAAACUAGACACCUAAUUAAGACAUAUCUUCAGCAAAGAUGACAUCCCUUUGGAUCCUUCAAAAAUAUAUUAAGUCCCAGGGAUCCUAUCCCCUAAAAAUGUCCACGACAUACGUCAUUUCUUAGGUUUGACCUGUAUUAUCGCAAUCAUGUGGCAAACUUCUCUGAUAUCGCCUCCACUCGAUACAAUUGCAACCUUCUGAAAAAACACGCAUUUUUGCGAAUGGUCCAACAAUUGCCAACAGGCAAUCGAAACGACAAGGCAAGCCCUUACAACAACCCCAUCUUUGCCAUCCGACCACAACAAACCCUCCAUCUUCAUAACUGUUGCAUGUCCAACUGCAAUAGGGUACAUUUAGGCCAACUUUAUUCCCAUUGAAUAACUUGUAAUGAUGUUAUUAAUUCGUGUCUUUUGACAAUACAAGUAUCUUCCUUGACAUUGGUCCAGUUCAAGGAUACCUUGUCCAAGGAUACAAUACAGUGACUUGUAUAUGUCCUCUUGAAAUAGAAGAUUUGAAAUGAUUUUUAAUAAAUAAGAGUUACAGACAUAAUGCCUCUCAUGGGCAUGUCUCUCUGUCACAGAUUAUGGCUUUGUAAACGAAAUACUCUACAUUGAUGAAGAUGGCCAUGUUCAGGUGGCCGAGACUUUUUUAUUGAGCCUGAGUUAUUUUUUUACAGGCCGAUGGAGGCAGAUUUUUUUAUGUUCACAAAAUUAUGAGCUGGUAAGAGCUCUCUGAGAUGAGUGCAGCCGAGUGCCCUCGCGCGUGAGCCACGGUAGUGCUAUAGCGCGUGAAUUGAGCUGUUGGUAGAGGGCGAGCCGCGCCCAUUAAACUGCUUUGUUGCAAGGCCAAAUGGACUUUUUUCAGUUUUGAGUCCAUUCUGAUACUAGGCCGAUUUGACUACAAUUCAAUAAAAUGGGCCGUUAUCACCAAAACGGCUGGUGCAUUUUGAUUGGAAUCCAACCCCAUUACCAUGCCUAUCCACAGGAACUCGAUGAUAGCAGAGACCAUAUAGUCUAUGGUCUCUGAUGAUAGCGUGUAUAACAUAAUAUAUUCGUAUAGAAAAAAACCACACCCUUUUAUACAGACUAUAUAGAGGGGUGUGAUUUGUUUUCUCUAUAUACACGCUAUCAUCGAGUUCCGUGUGCCUAUCCACGUGAAUUCGAAAGUGUGUUCCGAUUGCUAUGCGAUAGAAUACGAUGAUAUCCGAAUGCACCAGGAAGUCAUAACGUAAACAAACAUGAGAGACACGGAUAUAGAACAACGAGUCACGACGUUUGCUUUGUAUCACGAUUUCUGAAUGUAUCUAAUUCUGGUAACUGAUGUCUACUGCUAGUAUUGGAAUACAUUAACUCUCGGCAUUGUCAGACUCAGACCAGGUCGAAGUUAUUCACGAAGCUGCCAAAGGGAAAGGUAACAGCCCUGAGCACAGACGAAGUGACGAUGUCGUUAUUAUGUUUGUACGUGUUAUAUGGGACUGUGUGAUUCGCCAGGCUGUUGUGUGUGCUGUCUGUGUGUAUUUUGCAGGUCGUGUAUAAACAGUAAUUUCUGGGCAAGAACCGAACGAAACACGACAAACAUUACUAUUUCUACCAAGAGUCUAAAACAAGAUGAAGUUCAAGACCGUGAAAGAAGGGGAGCAAGCUGUUGUCUACAAUCACCUUGGAGAGGGGGCCCUUGUGAUUGGACCACAGAGAAUUUAUCUGUUCCGGAAGCGCCUGCACCUUCUGGACCGCUACACAGCUGAUGCCAACCAGUAUCUUGUGAUGAAAGACAAGGAUGGUGUGGUGAAACACAAGCAGGGACCGUGCGAGGUUUUCUUCAACCCUCUGAUUCUCGACUCCAUCAAGACAGAAAACGCAUGGAAGCUGGAUGCCAACCACAUGGUAGUGGUCUACAAGAGACUGAAGGACAGCAAUGUUCAGCGUCGGGUCAUACAGGGCCCGGUAGUGUUUGUUCCCCAGGCAGAAGAGUGGAUGCAUACGUUUAGCUGGCAUGGCAGUGACCUGGACAACCAGGGCCGGAUGAUCCCCGCAUACAACAAGUUCACCCAGCUUACAGUCAUCCCAGAUCAGUUCUAUUAUAAUGUUCGAGAUGUGCGGACAAAUGAUGACACCAUGAUCACAGUAAAGCUGAUGUUGUUCUACUCCAUCGUAGAUGUUGUGAAGAUGCUUGACACCACCCACGACCCCAUUGCUGACCUCAUCAACGCAGUAUGUGCAGAUGUCAUUGCCUUUGUUGGAAAGCUCAGCUAUGGGGCUUUUCUUGAGAAAUCUUGCAUAUUGAAUGACCUUGGAACAUACACUCAACUGAUCCACCGCUCAGAAAGGGUUGGUUUUAACAUUGGCAAGGUGGUGUACAGGGGCUACCAUUCCAGCGACCAGUUACAGGCAAUGCAGAACAAUGCCAUAGAGUCCCGAACACAGAUGAGGCUAGAGGCCGAGGUGGAAGACCAAGAGCAGAAACUGUCCCACUUCAAGCUGUCCAAGGAGCAGGCCAGACUGAAACACAAUCACAAGAGUGCAGCUAACCAUCAGAAGCUGCAAUACUUGACCCAACUGCAAUCCCUGGGGGUCAACCUUGACCAGUAUCUGGUCAGUCAGCAGCAGCCUCCCAUCAGAGAGGAGAUACAAGUCAUCAAGAUGUAGAUGUCAUGACAUGGUAGAUGGUGGUGUUACUCACAUCAUAUUGCUAUGUUCUUCAUAUGGUCAUGAGAUAUGGCUCAUAUCACACAACACCCAUCAAUAUCUGGCAUUCAGUGCAUGCAUAGUAUAUCUUCACAAAUAUAUCAAAUGUAUUAUAAAUAUGUGGUACUUGUUGCUUUUUCCCAUUAAAUGUGCAACUUAUCAUGUUUCUGUUCACCUCUCAGUACAUAAACAUGACUGGACUGUACAGCUAAUGGUGACAGCUGACCUGUAUGGCCAUGGUAUAACAGCUGCACUGUAAACUUGGUACAUAAUAGCUGGAUUAUAUAACCAUGGUAUAACUGCAGCACUGUCAACUUUGUAUAGCAGCUGGAUUAUAUAACCAUGGUAUAACAGCUGCACUGUAAACUUGGUACAUAAUAGCUGGAUUACAUAACCAUGGUAUAACAGCAGCACUGUUAACUUUGUAUAGCAGCUGGAUUAUAUAACCAUGGUAUAACAGCAGCGGUCAACAUUGUAUAGCAGCUAGAUUACAUAACCAUUGUAUAACAGCAGCACUGUCAACAUUGUAUAGCAGAUGGAUUAUAUAACCAUGGUAUAACAGCUGGAUUGUGAAACGAUGGUGUAACAGUUUUGUAAACAUGGUAUAACAGAUGGAAUAUAUAAUGAUGGUAUAACAACAGCACUGUAAACAUGGUAUAAUAGCUUGUAUAUAUAAUGAUGGUAUAUCAACAGCACUGUAAACAUGGUAUAAUAGCUUGUAUAUAUAAUGAUGGUAUACCAACAGCACUGUAAACAUGGUAUAAUAGCUGGAAAAUAUAAUGAUGGUAUAACAACAGCACUGUAAACAUGGUAUAACAGCUGGAAUAUAUAAUGAUGGUACAACAACAGCACUGUCAACAUGAUAUAAUAGCUGGAAUAUAUAAUGAUGGUAUAACAACAGCACUGUCAACCUGUUAUAACAGCUGGAAUAUAUAAUGAUGGUAUAACAACAGCACUGUCAACAUGGUAUAAUAGCUGGAAUAUAUAAUGAUGGUAUAACAACAGCACUGUCAACAUGGUAUAAUAGCUGGAAUAUAAAAUGAUGGUAUAACAACAGCACUGUAAACAUGGUAUAACAGCUGGAAUAUAUAAUGAUGGUAUAACAACAGCAUUGUCAACAUGGUAUAACAGCUGGAAUAUAUAAUGAUGGUAUGACAACAGCACUGUAAACAUGGUAUAACAGCUGGAAUAUAUAAUGAUGGUAUGACAACAGCACUGUAAACAUGGUAUAACAGCUGGAAUAUAUAAUGCUGGUAUGAUAACAGCACUGUAAACAUGGUAUAACAGCUGGAAUAUAUAAUGCUGGUAUGACAACAGCGCUUUUAACAUGAUAUAACAGCUGAAAUAUAUAAUGCUGGUAUGACAACUGUGCUGUAAACAUGGUGUAACAUCGUCACUGUAUAAAUGUGUAUAACAGAUGCACCAAA